CACAGGAAGGUCACACCAUCCCCCACCAUCAUCAGGGUGAAGAUCUGAUUAUAAUAAAAGUUGAGGGUGAAGUAGAAGAAGAGACGUAUGUGAGGGAUGAUCAGCAGUCUAUGGAGGAGGCUGGAAUGACGAGGACAUCCAUAGAAGAGGACACACCUACAGAGAUCAGCACAGGACACGCCAUGGAGAAACCCUCAAAGGAUCGUCUCACUUUAUCUCCAGGUUGUAAAAUGGAAGAUGAGGACAUCACAGGAGAUUGUGGAGGAGAAAAGACAAUGAGCUCCACUAUGGAUGGAGGACUUCACAGUGUGGAGAGACCAUGGAGUCCCUCCGACUCCGAGCAACCUCGUACUGUGAGGGGUGGUGACGGGAUUCAGGUGGAGGGGAAAUUUUCCUGUCCUGAGUGCGGGAAAGGUUUUUCCCAUAAGUCCUAUCUUUCUGCACAUCAGAUAAUCCACAGAGGCGAGAAGCCCUUUUCCUGCUCCGAGUGCGGGAAAUGCUAUCAACGAAAAUCCGAACUUGUCAACCAUCAAAGAAUUCACACGGGGGAGAGGCCGUAUUGCUGCACUCAGUGCGGGAAAUGUUUUUCCCGGAAGUCCUAUCUUUCUGCACAUCAGAUAAUCCACAGAGGCGAGAAGCGCUUUUCCUGCUCAGAGUGCGGGAAAUGCUAUCAACGAAAAUCCGAACUUGUCUACCAUCAAAGAAUUCACACGGGGGUGAGGCCGUAUUGCUGCACUCAGUGCGGGAAAUGUUUUUCCCGGAAGUCCUACCUGUCUGUUCAUCAGAUUUGCCACACAGGGAAAAAGCCGUAUUCCUGCCCCAAAUGCGGGAAAUGUUUUGCCUAUAAAUCUGUUUUUGAUGAGCAUCGGAGGUCUCACAAGGGCAAGAAGCCGUUUUCCUGCCCCAAAUGCGGGAAAUGUUUUGCCUAUAAAUCUGUUUUUGAUAAGCAUCAGAGGUCUCACAAUGGCGAGAAGCCGUAUUCCUGCCCCGAGUGCGGGAAAUGUUUUGCAUAUAAAUCUGUUUGUGAUAAGCAUCAGAGGUCUCACACGGGCGAGAAGCCGUAUUCCUGCCCCAAAUGCUGGAAAUGUUUUGCCUCUAAAUCUGUUUUUGAUAAGCAUCGGAGGUCUCACAAGGUCAAGAAGCCGUAUUCCUGCCCCGAGUGCGGGAAAUGUUUUGCCUCUAAAUCUGUUUUUGAUAAGCAUCAGAGGUCUCACAAGGUCAAGAAGCCGUAUUCCUGCCCCGAGUGCGGGAAAUGUUUUGCCUCUAAAUCUGUUUUUGAUAAGCAUCAGAGGUCUCACAAGGUCAAGAAGCCGUAUUCCUGCCCCGAGUGCGGGAAAUGUUUUGCCUCUAAAUCUGUUUGUGCUAAGCAUCAGAAGUCUCACACGGGCGAGAUGCCGUAUUCCUGCCCCGAGUGCGGGAAAGGUUUUUCCCAGAAGUCCUGUCUUUCUGCACAUGAGAUAAUCCACAGAGGCGAGAGGCCCUUUUCCUGCCCUGAGUGCGGGAAAUGUUAUCCAAGGAAAUCAAUCCUGGUCAAACAUCGAAAACUUCACACGGGGGAGAAGCCGUAUUCCUGCCUAGAUUGCGGGAAACGUUUUUCUCGGAAGUACGAUCUUACCACACAUCAGAGAUGUCACACGGGGGGGGAAGCCGUUUUCCUGCCCUGAGUGCGGGUAAAGUUUUAGCGCAGAAGCCCUGCCCUUCCAGGCAUCAGAGAUCUCACUCAAUCUCCAAGAUCUCACACUGGGAAGAAGCCCACCUUGGUAUACACCUCUGAGAAGAACGAGAGGGGGCGGAGUCACGGCUGUAUUAGUCCCUCCUACAGUGUAAUCCCUUUUUCUCUUACCUGAUAAAUAUCUUUUUCUUAAUCGUUCCUUUUUUUUUAUUA